AUGCUUGAUCAGCAACUCUGACAACUGGUAACUGAUAUAUCCUUUAUGGGUCAGAUCUAUAAUUAGCUUAGGCUCCAAAAUGUGGAUGCAGGUGAAAGACACACCUAUUAACCUUAUAUUACAUAUUCACCUCGACAGAUGAUUCCCACGUCCCAGCCUUGUGGUGCUGCACCCUGUCUGAAUACUUUCUUGCUAUAAUUGUCUUACUGGAUCUGUAUUUGCUAAUAUUUUCUUUUCAAAUGACGAAAAAAAAAAAAACAGUAAAUGCCAAUUGGGUUUUCCCUUUUCCUACUGCAUUCAAAACUUGCAUGAGAUGGACAGAAUUCAUACAAUUAUGCAUAUAAAUUCUUCCACAUGGGAUCUUAAUAGUUCAUGUACUUGUAUAUUUGGUAUAUUACUAACAAAUGAUUGAAACCCCCAAGUCAUUACUUCAAAAGGAUGUAUUAUUUGGUAUAAAUUACGAUUGGGAUGCCAUGAAAUGUCUCAUCUCAAGCAAAGGAAUAUGGAAUAUAUUCCACACUUUAGGCUCAGAGCACCAAAGCGAGAAUCUUCACGCUCAUUGCGGGUUUCAUCUUCCUAAUUAUAUGGCCUAAAACUUUGUUUCUGGAAACGGACAGCUUCCCAGAUUAUUAAAUCCGUUCCUCUUUCCUGGUUGCAUAUGAUCGUCCGGGUUUGUUGAACAUUUACAGAAGCUGACGCAGAAAGUUUACCUUGGACGGCCAAAAAGCUUUAAAGUGCAGAGUGGGGUAGCCUCGCAAUCUGCUCUAAGUUGAUGCCCGACAACAAUCCUUUUUCUAUAUUUCCAAUUCCAGCACCAUUCAACUUUGCGUAAGAACGCAGCGGUGCUGAUUCUCAUUCCCAUUUACAAUACUACCCUUUUUCCUUUUGAAUUCAGUGCUGUCCAUAGGCAAAAAGCACAAGGAUAUUAUAGUCAUAAUUAAGGACCCAUUUCUCUUUUUUCCGCUUCUUGUCUUCAUGCCAUAUUCAUUCUCCAUUUAUAUAUGCAUCGUGGCCUUGCGAGAAAGGAGAAAGGAAUUCAUUGGCACAGAGAGCUGCAAGUGGAGAAAAUGGAAGAACAGGUUGAAACUGUCGGGAGGGCAUUUGUGAACCACUACUACAACCUUUUCGACAAUGAUCGAUCUUCUCUGGCCAAUCUCUACCAGCCUGACUCCAUGCUUAGUUUCGAGGGUCAGAAGAUAGUAGGCGUUGAUGAUAUCUCCAAUAAGCUAAACAACUUGCCAUUUGAUCACAGCAAACAUGUUGUUAGCACCAUUGAUUCGCAGCCCUCUUCUUUCGCCGGUGGGAUUGUGGUCUUUGUCAGUGGCAGCCUCUAUCUUCCAGGAGAGGAUCACCCCUUAAGAUUUAGCCAGAUGUUUCACUUGAUUCCUGCUCCACAAGGAGGCCUCUUCGUGCAGAAUGACAUGUUUCGCCUCAACUAUGGUUAAAGUAUACUCAUAUUAUUUGGAAAAUUGUUGUAUUUACCUCAUUUGACGAAGGGUAAUCUUGACAGAAUAAAUUUAAUUUAUAUCAUCUUUCACUGAUUUCUUGUA